UUUGCGUCCGUUACUAGUUGUGAAGAUGCCGGGACUCACAAUUGGAGACACCAUCCCAGACCUUGAAGCUGAAAGCACCCAUGGAAAGAUCAAGCUCUACGACUACUUGGGUGACAGCUGGGCCAUCAUUUUCUCCCACCCCGGCGAUUUCACGCCGGUUUGCACGACGGAGCUCGGGAAGAUGGCCGAGUAUUCUCCGAAGUUUCGAGAGAAGGGAGUGAAGCUUGUGGGUUUGUCAUGCGACGAUGUUCCUUCUCAUCUCGAAUGGAUCAAGGACAUCGAAGCCUACAACUCCGGGUGCAAGGUGGACUACCCGAUUCUGGCAGAUCCGAAACGAGAGAUCAUUAAGCAACUUAACAUGGUGGAGCCGGAUGUCAAGGACUCCUCAGGAAACCCAGUUCCCUCGCGCGCUCUUCACAUCGUGGGGCCUGAUAAGAAGGUGAAGCUGAGCUUUCUGUACCCGGCGAGCACGGGGCGGAACAUGGACGAACUGGUGAGGGUGUUGGAGUCGCUGCAGAAGGCGAACAAGCACAAGGUGGCAACCCCCGCGAACUGGAAGCCGGGGGAUCCGGUGGUCAUUUCUCCGUCGGUGUCUGAGGAGGAAGCCAAGAAGACGUUCCCUCAGGGCUACAAGACUAUGGACCUCCCGUCGAAGAAGGGGUACCUCCGCUUCACAGACGUUUGAUAAUGUUAAAUACUGUGGAGAGAUCCGAAAGAAUGGAGGAGUAGUAUGUAACAUUAAGUAUGUGCCCUUUGUUUGUGACUGGUGUCUAAAUAUGUAGUGGUUUCUGUGGCUGCUGCUACCCUUUGUGUAAUCAAGUAAUGAAGCAUAUUAUCAAUAAUAUCAUGUGUGCGGA